AGCCAUAAAAGUAGGCACAAGGCAACACAAUGACACUAAAUGUCAAUGUCACAGGAUUAGCGACAACAUGACAAGAAUACAUGACCAAACUGAGCAGGUCACACCUUCCGAGGAGACAGUGGUCCUCUAUAAAAGAGAGCGGCGAGUACUCAGACAAUAACUGAAUCAUAACAACAGAUCUGACUUGAUUUCAUCUUCUGUUGGGACAUUAAGAGUCUCCAAUAAAGUGCCACCAUGAGCACCGACGCGGAGAUGGAGCAGUAUGGCCCCGCAGCCAUUUACCUGCGGAAGCCAGAGAAAGAGAGGAUUGAGGCUCAAAACACUCCGUUUGAUGCCAAGUCAGCCGUCUUUGUGGUAGAUGCUGAUGAGAUGUAUGUCAAAGCUAAGCUCACCAAGAAAGAGGGGGGGAAAGCCACUGUCGAGACUCUAAUUUCAAAAAAGUCAGUCACUGUCAAAGAAGAUGACAUCCAUCCAAUGAACCCUCCCAAGUUUGAUAAAAUUGAGGACAUGGCCAUGAUGACCCACCUCAACGAGCCUGCUGUGCUGUAUAACCUCAAAGAGCGUUUUGCAUCAUGGAUGAUCUACACCUACUCGGGCCUGUUCUGCGUCGUGGUGAACCCCUACAAGUGGCUCCCUGUGUACGAUUCUCAGGUCGUCAAUGCCUACAGAGGCAAGAAGAGGAUUGAGGCUCCACCCCACAUCUUCUCCAUCUCUGAUAAUGCCUAUCAGUUCAUGCUCACUGAUCGUGAGAACCAGUCUGUCCUUAUCACUGGAGAAUCCGGUGCAGGAAAGACUGUCAACACUAAGCGUGUCAUCCAGUACUUUGCAACAAUUGCAGUGGCUGGAGGCAAAAAAUCUGAAGCAAGUUCUGGCAAGAUACAGGGUUCCCUGGAAGAUCAAAUCAUUGCAGCCAACCCUCUGCUGGAGGCCUAUGGUAAUGCCAAAACUGUGAGGAAUGACAACUCCUCUCGUUUCGGUAAAUUCAUCAGAAUCCACUUUGCCACAAGUGGCAAGCUGGCCUCUGCUGAUAUUGAAACAUAUCUGCUGGAGAAGUCUCGUGUCACCUUCCAGUUGUCUGCUGAGAGGAGCUACCAUAUCUUCUACCAGCUGAUGACUGGACACAAGCCGGAGCUGCUGGAGGCACUUCUGAUCACCACCAAUCCUUAUGACUACCCAAUGAUCAGUCAGGGUGAAAUCACUGUCAAGAGCAUCAACGAUGUGGAAGAGUUCAUUGCAACAGAUACUGCUGUCGACAUCCUGGGCUUCAGUGGAGAGGAGAAAGUUAGCAUCUUCAAGUUGACAGGCGCUGUGAUGCAUCAUGGCAACAUGAAAUUCAAACAGAAGCAGCGUGAGGAGCAGGCUGAACCUGAUGGCACUGAGGAGGCUGAUAAAAUCGCCUACCUCAUGGGUCUGAACUCUGCUGAUAUGCUGAAAGCUCUGUGCUACCCCAGAGUCAAAGUCGGGAACGAGUUUGUGACCAAAGGUCAAACCGUCCCUCAGGUUAACAAUGCUGUCUCAGCUUUGUGCAAGUCUGCCUAUGAGAAAAUGUUCUUGUGGAUGGUCGUCCGUAUCAAUGAGAUGUUGGACACAAAGCAGCCAAGACAGUUCUUCAUUGGAGUGUUGGAUAUCGCUGGAUUUGAGAUCUUUGAUUUCAACAGUCUGGAGCAACUGUGCAUCAACUUCACCAACGAGAAACUGCAACAGUUUUUCAACCACCACAUGUUUGUUCUGGAGCAAGAGGAAUACAAGAAAGAAGGCAUUGAUUGGGACUUCAUUGACUUUGGUAUGGACUUGGCUGCCUGCAUUGAGCUUAUUGAGAAGCCAAUGGGCAUCUUCUCCAUCCUUGAAGAGGAGUGCAUGUUCCCCAAGGCUACAGACACUUCUUUCAAGAACAAGCUGCAUGACCAGCAUCUUGGCAAGACUAAAGCCUUUGAGAAGCCAAAGCCUGCAAAGGGCAAGGCUGAGGCCCACUUCUCUCUGGUUCACUAUGCUGGUACUGUGGACUACAACAUUACUGGCUGGUUGGACAAGAACAAGGACCCGUUGAAUGACUCAGUUGUUCAGCUCUACCAGAAGUCUUCAAACAAACUGCUGGCCAUGUUGUAUGCAACUCAUGCUUCAGCUGAAGAGGCUGCCGGUGGUGGUGGUGGUGGCAAGAAGGGAGGUGGAAAGAAGAAGGGUGGUUCCUUCCAGACUGUCUCUGCUCUAUUCAGGGAGAACUUGGGCAAGCUGAUGACAAACUUGAGGAGCACUCACCCUCAUUUUGUGCGUUGCUUGAUUCCCAAUGAAACAAAGACCCCAGGUCUUAUGGAGAACUUCUUGGUCAUCCACCAGCUGAGAUGCAACGGUGUGCUGGAGGGCAUCAGAAUCUGCAGAAAGGGCUUCCCCAGCAGAAUCCUCUACGGUGAUUUCAAGCAGAGAUACAAAGUAUUGAAUGCCAGUGUCAUCCCAGAGGGUCAGUUCAUUGACAACAAGAAGGCUGCAGAGAAACUGCUGGGCUCUAUUGAUGUGGAUCACACUCAGUACAAGUUUGGACAUACAAAGGUGUUCUUCAAAGCGGGUCUGCUGGGUACCCUGGAGGAGAUGAGAGAUGAGAAACUGGCAGCACUGGUGACCAUGACUCAGGCUCUCUGCAGAGGAUUCCUCAUGAGGAAGGAGUUUGUAAAGAUGAUGGAGAGGAGAGAUGCAAUCUUCACCAUCCAGUACAACAUGCGGUCAUUCAUGAACGUGAAAAAUUGGCCAUGGAUGCAUCUCUACUUCAAGAUCAAGCCUCUCCUGAAGAGUGCUGAGACUGAGAAAGAGCUGGCACAGAUGAAGGAGAACUAUGGGAAAAUGCAAGCUGACUUGGCAGCUGCUCUGGCAAAGAAAAAGGAGCUGGAGGAGAAGAUGGUCUCCCUGCUGCAGGAAAAGAAUGACCUGCAACUGCAAGUAGCAGCUGAAAGUGAGAACCUCUCAGAUGCUGAGGAAAGGUGUGAAGGGCUCAUUAAGAGCAAGAUCCAGCUUGAGGCCAAACUAAAGGAGACAACCGAGAGACUGGAAGAUGAAGAAGAAAUUAAUGCUGAGCUGACUGCCAAGAAGAGGAAGCUGGAGGACGAAUGCUCAGAGUUGAAGAAAGAUAUUGAUGACUUGGAACUCACCUUGGCUAAAGUGGAAAAGGAGAAACAUGCCACAGAAAACAAGGUGAAAAACCUGACAGAGGAGAUGGCAUCUCAAGAUGAGUCUAUUGCCAAGUUGACAAAGGAGAAGAAAGCCCUCCAAGAGGCCCACCAGCAAACACUGGAUGAUCUCCAGGCAGAGGAAGACAAAGUCAACACUCUGACCAAGGCCAAGACAAAGCUGGAACAGCAAGUGGAUGAUCUUGAAGGCUCACUGGAGCAAGAGAAGAAGCUCCGCAUGGACCUUGAGAGAGCCAAGAGGAAGCUUGAGGGAGAUCUGAAACUGGCCCAGGAAUCCAUAAUGGAUCUGGAGAAUGACAAACAGCAAUCAGAGGAAAAACUCAAGAAGAAAGACUUUGAGACAAGCCAACUUCUCAGCAAGAUUGAGGAUGAACAGUCUCUUGGUGCUCAACUCCAGAAGAAGAUUAAGGAACUCCAGGCUCGUAUUGAGGAGCUGGAAGAGGAGAUUGAGGCUGAGAGGGCUGCAAGGGCCAAGGUGGAGAAGCAGAGGGCUGACCUCUCCAGAGAGCUGGAGGAGAUCAGUGAGAGGCUUGAGGAAGCUGGUGGAGCAACAGCCGCUCAGAUCGAGAUGAACAAGAAACGUGAGGCUGAGUUCCAGAAGCUGCGCCGUGAUCUGGAAGAGUCCACCCUGCAGCAUGAGGCUACAGCAGCCGCUCUCCGCAAGAAGCAAGCCGACAGUGUUGCAGAGCUGGGAGAACAGAUCGACAACCUCCAGCGUGUCAAGCAGAAGCUGGAGAAGGAGAAGAGCGAGUACAAGAUGGAGAUUGAUGACCUCUCCAGCAACAUGGAGGCUGUUGCCAAAGCAAAGGGCAACCUGGAGAAAAUGUGCAGAACUCUUGAAGACCAAUUAAGUGAAAUUAAGUCCAAAAAUGAUGAGAACGUUCGGCAGUUGAAUGACCUGACUGCACAGAGGGCAAGACUGCAAACAGAAAACGGCGAGUUUACUCGCCAGCUUGAGGAGAAGGAAGCCCUUAUUUCCCAGCUGACCAGGGGCAAACAGGCUUACACUCAGCAGAUUGAGGAGCUCAAAAGACACAUUGAGGAAGAAGUGAAGGCUAAGAAUGCCCUGGCCCAUGCAGUUCAGUCUGCCCGCCAUGACUGUGAUCUGCUCAGAGAGCAGUUUGAGGAGGAGCAGGAGGCCAAAGCUGAGCUUCAGCGAGGAAUGUCCAAGGCCAACAGUGAGGUGGCACAGUGGAGGACCAAAUACGAGACUGAUGCUAUCCAGCGCACUGAGGAGCUGGAGGAGGCCAAGAAGAAGCUGGCCCAGCGUCUUCAGGAGGCUGAGGAGUCCAUUGAAGCUGUGAACUCCAAGUGUGCCUCUUUGGAGAAGACCAAGCAGAGGCUUCAGGGUGAGGUGGAGGACCUCAUGAUUGAUGUAGAGAGAGCAAACGCCCUGGCUGCCAACCUGGACAAGAAGCAGAGGAAUUUUGACAAGGUCUUGGCAGAAUGGAAGCAGAAGUAUGAGGAGGGUCAGGCAGAGCUGGAAGGAGCCCAGAAGGAGGCUCGUUCUCUCAGUACUGAACUGUUUAAGAUGAAGAACUCUUAUGAGGAGGCUCUUGAUCAGCUGGAGACCAUGAAGAGGGAGAACAAGAACCUGCAACAGGAGAUCUCAGAUCUGACUGAGCAGAUUGGUGAGACUGGAAAGAGCAUCCAUGAGCUGGAAAAAGCUAAGAAGGCGGUGGAAAGUGAGAAGGCUGAGAUUCAGACUGCUCUAGAGGAGGCAGAGGGCACACUGGAGCAUGAGGAGUCCAAGAUUCUUCGUGUUCAGCUCGAGCUCAACCAGAUCAAGGGUGAGGUUGACAGGAAGCUGGCUGAGAAGGACGAGGAGAUGGAGCAGAUCAAGAGAAACAGCCAGAGAGUGAUUGACUCCAUGCAGAGCACUCUUGAUGCUGAGGUCAGAAGCAGGAAUGAUGCCCUGAGAGUCAAAAAGAAGAUGGAGGGAGACCUCAAUGAGAUGGAGAUCCAGCUGAGCCACGCCAAUAGACAGGCUGCUGAGGCCCAGAAACAACUAAGGAAUGUCCAGGGUCAGCUCAAGGAUGCCCAACUGCACCUUGACGAUGCGGUCAGAGGACAGGACGACAUGAAAGAGCAGGCUGCCAUGGUGGAGCGUAGAAACGGCCUGAUGAUGGCAGAAAUUGAAGAGCUGAGAGCUGCUCUUGAGCAAACAGAGAGAGGACGUAAAGUGGCAGAGCAGGAGCUGGUUGAUGCCAGUGAGCGUGUCGGACUUCUUCACUCUCAGAACACCAGUCUGCUGAACACCAAGAAGAAGCUGGAGUCUGACCUUGUCCAGAUUCAGAGUGAAGUGGACGAUGCUGUGCAGGAAUCAAGAAAUGCUGAAGAGAAAGCCAAAAAGGCUAUCACUGAUGCUGCCAUGAUGGCUGAGGAGCUGAAGAAGGAACAGGACACCAGUGCUCACCUGGAGAGGAUGAAAAAGAACCUGGAGGUCACUGUCAAGGACCUGCAGCACCGUCUGGAUGAGGCUGAGAACCUCGCCAUGAAGGGUGGCAAGAAGCAGCUCCAGAAACUGGAGUCCAGGGUGCGUGAGCUCGAAUCCGAAGUUGAGGCUGAGCAGAGACGAGGAGCCGACGCUGUUAAAGGAGUUCGCAAAUAUGAGAGGAGAGUGAAGGAGCUCACCUACCAGACUGAGGAGGACAAGAAGAACGUGACCAGACUUCAGGACCUGGUAGACAAACUGCAGCUCAAAGUCAAGGCUUACAAGAGACAGUCUGAGGAGGCUGAGGAGCAGGCCAACACUCACAUGUCCAGGCUCAGGAAGGUCCAGCAUGAGCUUGAGGAGGCUCAGGAGCGUGCUGAUAUCGCAGAGUCCCAGGUCAACAAGCUGAGGGCCAAGAGCCGCGACACGGGAAAGGGAAGUGACUCUGCUGAAUAAGAUGCAGUGGAAUCAUCGGAGGGAUUCAUACAAUAUGAGCCCCGUCUUCUGUAAAUCUUCAGAUAAAACAAUAAAUGUGUGGAAAAAAACAGGAUGUUGUUCACUAAAUACAUUAAAAGUGC